CUACUGAGACCACGUGAACGGGCAGCACAAACCUGUCAGAUUGACUCGGCUGUCCAUGGCGUGUGGUGAGCUGAGCGGCAGCCACGCAUGUAACCAAAUCAGCUGCUGUUCCUCCGCGUGUCCGCAGUUUCAUCUCCACUAUGUCCGUGAUCAGGACGAUUACAAAACUGUCCCUGUUCACCGCAACCAGCGUCUUGGUUGUUCUGCUGCUGCGGCACUGGAUGGCUACUAAGCAGUAUAUUUUCAACAAAGAAGACGUCGCCAAAUUGGCCAAACAGUACGCGGGUGAGUUUGGUUAUGAAUUGGUUUUGUGUCUCAGUCAGGUCAAGAGUACUGUGCAGCGCCCUAAAAUGAUCCUUAAAGUCAAUCAAGCUGACUCCGCCUCUCCUUCCACUAAUACUGCUAUCAUCCUCAGGACAGGACCAUGAGCAAGCUUUUUCCAAAGUGGUGGUGGAGCUCAGGAAAAGGUAAGAGUGAACUGACUAUUCAUUAGGAACAUACAUGUGCAGGUCUCAGUAUAAAAUGUCCCGAAAAAGUACAUUUCCCCCUUAUAAUUUAAUUCAAAAAGUGAAUCAAAACCACUUAGGGGAGAGUGGGGUAAGAUUUUCAUAUUUUCAGAUCACUACAUCAAGUCAGUCAUAGUUUUGUCUCUAACUAGUGUAUCUGUAUAUAUUUCAAGAUGUUGUGCAUCCCUGCAAACCAACAGAAUGAGUGUAAACAUAACUGUCUUGAUAAUAUAGCAUGCCAAAAUAGUGGUCUCCUAUGGUCAACUUACCCUGUAUAUGGGGUAAGCUGACCAUAGGAGCGGGGUAAGUUGAGCCAUAUCCCAACUACCCCCUACUCUCCACCCCAGCCCUCCCUCACCUUCUCUCUCCCUAAAUAACAGUCACUUCUUCACAAUCAUGUGUAUUUCUUAUUAUACGGUAUUCAACUGGUACAAUAAUUGUUUUUAAUUAUUUUUGCAAAUAACUUCUUAAAAGCUGUUUAUUAAAAAAAAGCCAUUUUAACAUGAGGAUGCCUUAAAGUGAUUCAGAACUAGCCUGGCUGGGCCAUCCAGUUGCGUGAAUCACUUGCCGUAGGAAGGAAGGAACGGCAAGUGAUUCACGCAACUGGAUGGCCCAGCCAGGCUAUUUCAGAACAUUCACAGCUGUAUUUUUUAAAAGAAAAAGUAACACAUUUUUACAAUCUGAACUGAACUCUGAUCCUCUCUUUUACCAUUUCCAAGCAACAGGGGUCGGCUCAACUUAAAUCGUUUAAAUUGUAUCGAUUACAACUUUCAGCUCAUGGAAAUACAAAAAAAUACUAUCCAACAGUGAGUAAAGUUCUAGUGAGUUCUUUCAGUGCUGUGAAGACCUCUAAUCUGCUCCUUAACCUAGAACACUUGCAAAGAUUUACUGAUCUGUUAUCUUCCACACAACCACAAUAAUGGGGAAGACUUCUGACUGUAGCUGUCCAGAAGACCCUCACUGAUUGAACCACAGAGGGUCAUUGAAAAGGCUGACUGUUCACAGAGUAGAAAAACUGUUUUAUUUACAAAGAAUAUUUUUGUUUAGGAGAUAUAAAAUCCUAACGUAUUCUUCCGAGACACAGGUAAGUUUUCUUCAACACUUCUCGCUGUAAAAAUUCUAAUGAUAGGGGUAAUGAUUAAGAUAGGUGGGAGUUGUUUGUUAUGUCUUAUGGUUUAAAAUUGAAGGAGAACAAAAAUCUUAAAAACUGUCAUUGAACUAGGUAUCCUGGCCACAUCCUGCCGGAUGAAGACCUGCAGUGGGUGUUUGUGAAUGCCGGAGGCUGGAUGGGCUCCAUGUGUCUUCUACAUGCCUCACUGACAGAGUACCUGCUGCUGUUUGGUACAGCAGUGGACACAGGAGGGCACUCAGGUGAGGGCUCAGUUGGAUUGCAAGUCAUCUAGUCUAUUGUCCAGACAAACUGGGAACAGGUUGAUUUCAAAUAGAGAUAUCGAUAUUUGUCUUCCUCUGUUAGGUCGGUACUGGGCUGAGAUUUCUGACACCGUCAUAUCGGGAACUUUCAGACAGUGGAAAGAGGGCACAACUAAGAGUGAAAUAUAUUACCCUGGUAAUACCUGUAAUAUUUUACUUGCAAUAGUUUUCCAUCACACUUUCACAAGUAUGUUUUUGAAUGACGGUAUUGUUUUUUUUUUCUUCCUGCAGGUGACACAAUACUACAUGGUGUAGGUGAAGCCACUUCUGUCCAGUGGAGCGCUGGGACAUGGAUGGUGGAGUACGGCAGAGGUUUUAUCCCCUCCACACUUGGAUUUGCUCUAGCUGACACAUUGUUCAGCACCCAGGACUUCCUCACAAUGUUCUACACCAUACAUGUCUAUGUUAAGGGUCUGCUGCUUGAAGCUUCCACUUGUCUUACAGAGGCUGGUGUUUUCUAAGUCAUGGCAGCCGACAAAUAAACACCAACAGCAAAAGUUUGCCUUGCCACCGAAGGCCAUUUUAUCCGAGAACUACCUUGUAGUACUGAGGGACCAUCAGAUCAUACCAAGUUAAUGACUCGUACACCUAAGUUCUCAACCCCUUUGUUACAGGGGUUCGGAGUCCCAACAACCAUCUUCAAUUUAGGAUUCCUCCAUCAAUCAUGAGGAAUUAUAUGAAAUUUGGACUCCAAGUAACAGCUCUUAUACCAACCAAGCACUUAGAAAAAUGAAAAAUAAAUAAAAAUAAAACCACUUUGGCUGUUGACCAUCAAAUACAGGGACCAAGAAACAACUUUCAAAAUGCAAAACGCUUAAUUUGGCCUCUUUAUACAUAGCUAAGGCUAUUAUUUUUUUAGAACACCAAUUUCAUAUUUAUAUAGUUAUUAUUUUCUUAGUGUAUUAAUCUUGAUAAAGAGAAUAAUCAGGAUCAUAAAUCAACAUCAUGAUUGUUUAUGAUGACAAGCCCAUCUCAGCACUUUAAUCCAUCAUCUACUGUAUAUUUGGUGAGUUUUCUGAAGGAAGGGGAAAAAACUGAAAAACGUGUUGUAGAAAGCUGGUGAACUGAUAAUAUAUAUGCCAGCACUGAGAUUUAAACUCCUCACUGAGAAUUGGAUUCAAGUACUUUAUAUCAAAACAAAAACCUUUUCAGCUGUGUUUUAUCAGUGGAUUUGUCUGAGAUGUGAUUCAGAAACUUUACCUGAAAUUGCCAAUUUUUUCAUGACUGGUAACAGAAUUGGUAAAAUAAUUUUGAAACUGUAAUUUAACUAGUUUUAUGUUCUGUGAAACUAGUUUGCCAUUGUGUCUUAAGAUUUGUUCAUUCUAUGGAACCUAAGUCCAACAGGGCAUAAAGUGGACAUGAAAAACAUUUGGUCUGCUCACUCGGUAUCACUCUCCAAAAAACAUAUCACAGCUUCUAAGUGAACCAUUUUUCUGCUGUGUUUUCCAUAUUUAGAUAAAACAGCCUUACUCUGGACAAAUGCCUCAAUCCUUCAGCGAAUCAUACAGGGUUUUGGUAAUAAUGCAAAUAUACUGUCAAACUACCUCGAGCAGGAAUUAUCUGGCUUCUUUAAAUUGGCAGCAACAUCUGUGUCAUCUUUAUGGUGGCAAAACAAAACUUCACUGUACCUGAUAUGUGGAUUGAACAGAUAUGCAACUUACCGUGGACUGGACAAUAAAGAAUGACAACGACCAGAAGCAUUUAUUUUUCUGGAUUUGUAGACCAUCAAAUCAAUACCAAUGGUGUUUGUAAUCAGGGAUAAAUGAUACUUAAUUUUAGUUUACCUUAUUUAAAUUAAAUCUGAGAAUCAUGGUACAUACUGCAUUUCUGUGGCCUAUUAAUGUCGUACUCAAUCCGUUCAAGACACCUUUAUUCCCAAUUAAUGCAGAUAAACAGCUAAUCCACAAGACUGACCUUAUGCACUGAAGAGAGUUGGAGGUAAUGUUGGGGCAUGACUGUGAGUAGGUGGAAUGAUGUGUGAGCAGGCUGUAUUCAAUAUAAAAUACCAAUGGAUUAGGGGACUGAUACAUUGGUCCUCAUCUCUCUGAAAAUGCCAAAAUGACACAGAUAACCUGAUUUGUUGCCUACAUGUAUGGAGAGGCCAGAAUAUGAUGCACUGUUUUAAUGUCAUGAAGGUGUGCGGUUGAGUCUAAUGUGUUUGAAUGUAUAGUUGUGCACAUGUUCUGUAGUGGGUUGACAUGCUACCUGUAGUUUUCUGUGCUCUCUUAGUACUUUACAUUCACUUUACGAUGUUCCCCCUUUUCUGACCAAAUUGUCUAUCUGUUUGUGUGCGUGUUUAUCCUUUCUUGUAUAGAUUUAAUGUCAGUCUGACACACUUGCCUCACCCAGCUGCACUCUGUCUCUUUAAGCCCCUAAAAGUAAUGUAUCCUGAAUCGAAGACAAGCGACCGAAGCUGAAAUACCAGAAGGUGCAUGCAGGGUCUGCCCCUAAGUGGGAUAGAUAACCAGUUUAACUUGUAUCUCUGUGUCCUCUGAGUAAUUGAUGCACGGCUUGUCUGCAACUGUAAAGGCCCGAGGGGUGGGGGGUGGUGGUGGUGGAGGGAACACCGUUACUACAGAAGAAGUAGAACCCUCCUCCUCAGAUUUAGGUGUCUGUUGAUGUUUUAAUAAAGGAGUUACAUGUGAUUGUUCAAGACUGUUGCUCCUGAAUCCGCAUUAAAACAAAUGGUCUGGGGGCAAAAGUGUAGUUUCAUUAAAACCAGCGUCUGUCUCUCUAUGCAGAAGUUACCCUGCAUUUUAACACCUCCUGAAUCUGCUGAUCCAGAUGUUUGUUUCUGUCUAUUCUUGUAUAUUGUUAGACACACUAUUAUACUGAGUUGAAAGCAGAGACAUAAUGGUAACUUCUUUUUUGGUCUGAACACAAUUCUGAUACAACUUAUGACAGACUAAAUUCACUUUCAAGAGUGAAAAAUGUUUUUUGUAAAUAAAUGUCUAACCCCUAUACUCAUGUACUUCUAAACUUCACAGACUCCAUAAAUUGAUGCCCAUCUCAUAAA